CGAUUGCUGAUGUCCCGGGGCCAUUGUUGAGCCUAUGAAUAGUCGAUGAAGCCCUCCCAAUCAUAUUUCUUGAAAAGUUCACGUUCUUUGGCAAAGAAAUACUCAUUGAUCGGUUCACGGCUUCACAUUUCUGUGUGUCUGUGUACAGUUUCAUUUGUUCGACAACUUCGACACUCAGCUUCAUCUUGAGAAUUUCAUUCAUCAAGUGUUUAUCAUUGUCAUCCAUAUUGAAAUGAGUGAUUUUGUUGCAGCCGAGGAACAUGGACCGCUGCCACCAGCUGUUUGUUACACCGCCUCGACACACAACAGAGUACCGGGCACACCUGGAGCAGUCGCCGCUGUAGCACUUGAGGGUUGCUUCGAGCACUCUAGGUUUUGCUUGCUGGCCGCAGUAGGCCGCAACAGCCUCACAGAGGUAGAGAUGCCCUCACAGUCUGGUGUCGACAGCCCAGUGCCAUCCAGCCUAGACUUGGUAACCAGUGAGAAGUCUUCAGCACUCAUCCUAGUGACAGUCCUGGGUAUCUGGGGUGGAGAGGCACUUUCUGUCUCUUCAGACUCAAGGGUGAGACCUUUGUUCCAGGGAGUGUGGCCCUUGCUGAACUGUAACUUGAUACUCUUGCAAUCGCCUUUCAUUGUGAUUGUCUCGGACAGAACUAAUGAGCUCUCUGAGAACAACUCACGCUCGGCUUGA